CGAUUUUAGCACGACCGCAAGCACAACUCUUGCGACAAUCCACUGAGUCCAGUCAGGCCGCAGAGGCCCCUUCUUCCACCAUGGCCGUCGACCGGCCGCAAGCCAGUGGUCCAAAAUACAAACACACGCCAGGCAAGCAACUCGAUAUUCUACAGCGCAAGCAAGAACAAGGACAUUCAAUCGUCUUGCUCGGUGUCCUUUACUACCUCCAUCUCCUCUACUUCCUCUACGCCUGUAUACGAGCAUUCCUUUCGCGUGGUUAUGAUCUUAUCACGGGCUUCAUUCUAACGAGCUCAUCUAAGGAGUUGAUUAAGAGCGAUAUCGCGAACCUGACCAAAAUCCCAUCACACCUGGCCGUCGUCAUCUGCGGCGACUUGGAAUCCCUCGUCAAUGAUGUUGCCGAUUUGUCUGUUUGGUGUAUCUGCUGCAAUAUCCCCAUCUUGACCAUUUAUGAGCGAUCGGGUCAAUUGAAGGGCAUGGAUGCGCCCUUACAAGUGGCCAUCAAGCGGAAAUUGAGACGCUUCUUUAGAGACUCCAAGAAGGUCUCCCUCUAUACGCCAGGAUGGGGAACAGAAAAUACCAAUGAGUACGACGGGGAUGGCGGCUUGGCAGAUCUCGAGGUGAACUUGAUUAGUAGCGAGGAUGGGCGUGAAGCGUUACUCGACCUGACACGCAGCUUGUGUCUCCUCGCUGCAGGUACGGAAGAAGAGACGACAGCUCAGCAGCAACAAGUCAAUGGGAAAUCGCCUACCAUCUUGAUCAAUGGCAGCAGUCAAACAAAUGGCAAAGCGCCGUCUCGCACGUCCUCGCCUUUUGCAACAGGCAGCUUGCGAAAGAGUAUUACACGGCGAAACCACAAGUCAGCGCAUGAUGGUAAUGAAGUUGAGUCGCCCAUUGCUUCUCGUCCUGGUUCAGCCAUGUCCAAUGGAUCCGAUGCAUCUCGCUACACCGACGCAUUGACACAACAACCACAGACACAGAGUUCCGCCGCACCUCCUGCUCCUGCGCGACAACAUUCCUCAGGUGGCGUGCACAUCUCGUCGAGCGACAUAACGAUUCCGUUCCUCGACGCGCACAUCACGGAUGUAACCAUACCUGAACCGAAUCUUCUUCUCAUCUUUACAGGCCAUCCAGGAUCUCGUCCCUCGUCUGCCUCAAGCGCAUCAGGCGAACCUGCAGCAGCUGGGUAUACACUCGAUGGCUUUCCACCAUGGAGCUUGCGGCUGUGUGAGAUUUGUUGGAUCAAGGUUGCUGGUGGACAUGUCUCUUAUCGUGGCUUCUUGCGAGGCUUGCAACGUUUUGGUCAUGCUGAGAUGCGGUGGGGUCGUUAGACUUGUCUGUUUGAUGCUGCACGUAGAAUGUCAUGAAUCAGCAUAGCAACACUUUUCUUCUUCUGUGUAAGUCCCUUUAUUGAAUUGGGAAAAGUAUACUAUGGCUGUUUUAUAGGAUGUCAG